AUGCGUAUUGGACGGUCGGUGGUCGGUCGGACGGUCGGUCGGUCGGGUAGCGCAGCGACUGGCGUGGCGGUGCUGAGUCCUACGGAAAGCGGUGGGUGCAGCGGUAGUGACAUCACUGAGCCUCGCUCGCCCCGGAGCCCCGAGUCGGGGUGCAGCACGAGUGAAGAAGGCGCUGGCGUGCGCAUGCCGCCUUGGGCGAGCGAUCCGGCGCCGCCGGGCCCGAGACGCCUCGCGGCUCAACCCGCGCCCCUCCGGCGACCCAAUCCACCUAUACAUCGCCGCAUUACAGAAUACUUCAAUCAUAAAAUGAAGCCACAGAACGGCGUCAAGCGUGACUCGACUUUAAUUAGUAACGAUGACAGCAAGAAAAAGUGUUUACCUAAGAACGGUGUCACGCACGAUCUCGAAAAGUACAUUUCGUAUUUAUCUCAGACGCUAAAUCCAAAAGUUCUAAUUGAUGUCGAAAAACCAGCAGAUUCUAUGAAAAAGCCUGUCAGUCAAACAACAAAUUUCAAUACUGAUGUAACUAAAAAUGGUCUACAUAAAACGGCUUCAUCUAUUAAUAUUAAUACUUUAAGAGAUCGUAUCAAACCUAAAGACAAUAAAGACACUCACACAAUGAACGGUUUGGUAGAGGUCCGGCACGGCAAUGAGACGUCCAACAAAGAAAAAAGUUUUGAGGGCUUCUUUAAUGGGGUAACUGUUAGCAGAAUACCUAACGCUAAAGUAAACCAAGGUCCAUCCGCUAUAACACCAGUAAACCAUAUUAACAAAUGUAAGAUUCCAAUUCCAUCUCAAAAUGAAUUGGUGGGAAUGAGGAUAGCUCCGGCAAAGCCCAUUAACCAAUCACCCAAGAAACAAGUGAAUCAAAAACCUGAUACAACACAUCUAAAUGGAGUCGUGAGUUCCACGACCAAGCUAGAUAGUCGAAUGAACGGGGUUACCUGUGGGUCUAACAACUUAAAUCUCAUGAACAAACCAUCUACAGCAAAGAAGGAACCUGCUAAGAGAAAUUUACAACCCAAGAGAACCAAUCGCAAAUCAUCAGCUUGUAUAGCUAACAGCAAGAACCUGACUUGGUCGAAGGCUAAUAAUCUUAAACAGGUACAGUUACAGAAACAAAAUUGUAGCAAAAUUAUUCCAAACACGCCUGUUAAUAACAAUGUACCAGGUGAAGCAAGCACUGCACCAAAGAUGCAAAUCCCAAAUGGAGUAAGACAAGUAUCGAUGGCAGUGAACGGAAAUAUAAGCAAUAUAAACGUGCCUGUGACUAAUUUUCAAAACUGUCAUUCAUUGAAUAUUCCACAACCCUGUAAUGGGACGGUAACCUCCACCAAUUUGGCUUCGUUCGUCGCUGUUCCUCAUAACGUAAUGCUUACAACACUUCGAAUACCCCAAAACGGUUUACCUCCGCAGACAUUGAACCAACAAGGUAAUAUGGCUUUUAAUCGUCAAAACGUCAACGUGACAAGUCCGACUAAAUUAAACGGUCAAUUCGUUUUCCCGUUGGUUCAGAAUAUUAACGGAACCGUCGUUCAAAUACCAAAUUUAAUGGCGAAGAUGCCGAAUUUCGUUCUUCCGCAAACUCCUCAAAUAACAACGCAGAGACAAGAUCAUCUACAAAACCAAACUUUAAACCAAUUUCUCAUUAAUGGUACUCUAUUGAAACUGGCAAAUACGAUGCCACCUACCUAUACAACGGCGAACAAAUCUGGUCCAGUCACUAGUCAGCCACUACCAGUAAUUAACAAGAAUGUGCCUGGUCUUCAAGCUGUCGGAAUGUCAGUUCAACCGAAACAAAACUUCACAGUGAACCUUAGCCAUCCGAUGUUAGUGCCUCAACCAGGAUUCAUUGUAACAUCUGUGCCAAAUAUGAGUGUGAAAGAAACGUGGAGUUACACCGGUACCCACUCGGUGGCCUCGUCACAAAUAUCGUGUUCGAGUCCAAUUGUACCACAACAGCCGGCGAUGGUUGCCAAUUUUAUGAAUCAAAAUCUACACUCGAGUAGUAUUCCUAUAGCCCCCGUGAAGCCUCCAGACAAUCCGAUUCAAGGUACAGAACCGCCCAGUAGUACUGUUAAAGAGACGGAAAUUAAUGAUAUUGCCAAUCAAAAGUGUGAUAUUCCAUGGCUGUCAAAAACUGUGAACAAUAAUAUUGUUUCUUUAGAUACUAAUAAGUUAACGAGGCCUUUUGCACAAGUUAGUAGUUCAGGGAAUCUUAAAGAUUUCGGCAUAGAGAAGGUCGGAAAGAAACGAAGAGCGAGUAAAGAUUUACAAAAGGAUUUUAAAGUUGGUAGUACGAGUGAAAUAAGAAAAGUAGAAGAAGUCGCCAGAAGGGAGGAGACAAUAUUUACACAAAUAACCGUAUUGAAGGAUGUUUCGUCUAAUGUCCAAAGUUCUGUUAUUGAAGCAAAUUUCUGUAGUGCUACUACAGAGUCUUCAGAGUCCGGUAUAGGAACCGAUAAGUCUAUUGACUCGCCCAGCGACUCCCAGGCUAGCAAAGAGUGUGACGAUGACUCCUCCUUAUCAUUAAGUAUCAGUGUGAGUUCCGUCGAAGCUCAGAGUAGUCAAAAAAGUCCUAUACUGAAACAACCUAAAACAUUACGGUUUCCACCAAGAAGUAUUAUCAAACCUCAAAGCGAUAAGAGAAAAUCAAGCACUGAUACGACGUCGGUCACGAUAUGCUUAUGGGAGAAGUGUAAGCAGGAGUUGGAGAGUGAUAGCGAUCUUCUGGAACAUCUGCAGUCUGUCCACGUGGAGUCCCAAGCUGGUCAAGAGAACUACGUGUGUCUGUGGGAGCGCUGCAAGGUCCGCGGCAAGCCUUCGUGCUCUCGACUAUGGCUGGAGCGACACGCUCUCUCACACGGCGGGAACAAACCGUUCAAAUGCAUCGUCGACAGUUGCGACAGAAGAUUCUCUACUCAGAUAUUGCUCGAACGUCACGUGAACAACCAUUUCAACGAGGCGACUCCAAACACGGGGAACGGGAAGAAGACCGCAGACAGUUCCGCUAAGAUGAUACGACGGAAUGGAAAGAAACUCAGAUAUAGAAGACAACCAUGGUCUGCCCGCAUGUUCGACUUCUUCGACUCCGGUAUGAUGGAGGGUCUAGCUUGGAGACUCGCCCGCAGUACUCGUUGGCGGCUCGGCGGGUUCUGUCCUCUGAGGGACGGCGGCGGGCACACGCUCACACUACACGCCGCGCUCACAGCUACACGAUACAACCCGGCCACCGCCGCGCGCGAGGCGCUACUGACAUACUACCCGCCGCAUGUUAUCGAGGACGAGUGGGUGCCCGAGGAGGAAGUGAAACGAGUCAAACGCGUGGAGAUCUCCGAGCUACCGAUUCAUACCAAGGUGCUGCUGUAUGAAGAGUUCUGCAACUCAUACAAGAAGACACCGCCGCCGCAACCCAAGAAGACGCAACCAACCGCGACACCCGUUCGACUACUACCCGCGAGACAAUGCACCUCCUCGCGACUACUCAACAACCUGAUAGCAAAACAACGCAAGGAAAGAAACGACUGCAGCUCCACCGGCCUCCCGCCGAUAUACGACGAGGAGAGAGACAGAGAUAGAGAGAAGAGUGACAGAGACCGAGAGAAGAGUGACGUCACCGGCGCCAAGAAGAGGAAGAUGGGCCGGAGGUACGGCGGGAACGCGUUCUGGCCCUGCGGACGAUAG